AUGUCAACCAACAUCAAUACAAAUGUAGGAUCAGAUAUUGAUGCCUCGUUUUCGUCGUCCUUCUGUACAGAGCUGGAUGCACAGAUGCUGGUUGCCAUGGAGACAAUGGAGAGACCUCAAAGGUCACAGAAAGAUACUAAGAUGACAACUCCUGGUCUGACAUCAACACCAGAAUGUGUGACACCGUUACCAAGACGACAGUCCCAGCUGAUUAAAUCCCUCUUCACCCUCCAGAGCCCCUUAAAUGACAGCUUCCUCUCCCCCUUCCCAUCUCAGACCAAAACCUCCAAAGUAAAGAAGAUGGGAGGAAAUCUGACCCCUGCUACUGUGAAUAGCUCUGUUAGUAGAGGUGUAAAGCCCAGCAGAAAGAAACCAAGGAAUGUUUUAAAUGAAAUUGUCAAUGACAAAGAAAAUGAAGGUGGAGGGGGUGUAGAGGAAGAGAAGAAUGUCAUUGACCUUGACAUGAUAGGUCAGAGGUCAGUGGGAGAAAAAAAUGAUGGUGAUAUGAGUACUGGAACACAAGAGCGGAUUGCUGAAAAUCAAGAGAUGAUGGAAAAUGCUAAUACUGAUGGAUGUUUGACAGAAGACAAGCUUUUAUUAAGUAACUGGGGUCUGCCUGAGCCUGUAUUAAAACAGUACACAGACAAAGGGAUCACCUCCAUGUUUCCCUGGCAAGCUGAAUGUCUGUGUUUACCUGGGGUACUGGGGGGAGGUAACCUGGUAUACUCAGCCCCCACUAGUGCUGGUAAAACAAUGGUGGCUGAGCUCCUGGUCCUGAAGAGAGUCCUAGAGACAAAGAAGAAGGCCAUCUUUAUCCUACCUUUUGUGUCUGUGGCCAGAGAGAAGAUGUUCUAUUUACAGCAACUGUUCCAGGAUGUGGGUGUGGUUGUGAGUGGGUAUAUGGGGAGUUACUCCCCUCCAGGAGGGUUCAGUCAGGUGGACAUAGCGGUGUGUACCAUAGAGAAGGGAAACGGACUGAUAAACAGACUGAUGGAAGAAAACAACAUCAACAAGCUAGGUAUUAUAGUGGUGGACGAGUUACACAUUGUAGGAGACCAACACAGGGGCUACCUACUAGAGCUGAUGCUUACCAAGAUUCGAUUCCUCAGUAAGAAAAAGCAGACAAAAACAACUGACACUGAGGAUUCUGGCUGUGCAGAAGGAGUCCAGAUUGUAGGUAUGAGUGCCACACUGCCCAACCUUGACCUUCUGGCUCACUGGCUGGACGCCACACUCUACCGCACAGACUACCGACCCGUUCCUCUCACGGAGUGUGUCAAACUGGGGACAGACAUCUUUGAUUCAAGUCUACAGAAAAUCAGAGAGGUGGAUCUAAGGGUGGUGUGUAAGGGGGAUACUGAUCACGUAAUUCCGCUGUGCUUAGAAACAUUGGCUGGGGGACAUUCUGUGCUUAUUUUCUGUCCAACAAAGAACUGGUGUGAGAAAUUGGCAGAGACGAUUGCCAGGGAGUUCUAUGGCAUUCUGAAGAAAGGUCCUGAGACAGAUUGUUUGCCACCUUUACCCCUGAACAGAUCCUCCCUGAUGGAGGUCGUAGAACAACUGAGGAGAACUCCAGUGGGGUUAGAUUCUACCCUGGGGAAGACAGUGCCAUAUGGGGUGGCAUAUCACCAUGCAGGUUUGACCUUUGAUGAGAGAGAUACUUUAGAGGGCGCCUUCAGACAGGGAUCAGUUAAGGUCCUCAUUGCUACGUCCACCCUGUCCUCAGGGGUCAAUCUUCCUGCCAGGCGUGUUAUCAUCAGAACCCCAAUCUUCCAUGGCAAAACCAUAGACUUCCUGACUUACAAGCAGAUGAUUGGUCGAGCUGGAAGAAAGGGUGUUGAUACUGAGGGUGAGAGUAUCCUGAUCUGUAAGCCUAGUGAGAGAAGUAAAGCCGUGACCUUAGUACAGUCUGAACUGCCACCUGUCAGGAGUUGUCUGAUCAAAAACCAAGGGGAACAACUCAGUUCUAGCAUGAAAAGAGCCAUACUAGAGAUUGUUGUCAGUGGUGUGGCGGUGUCGGUGUCAGAUGUGGCGGCUUAUGCCUCCUGUACUAUGUUAGCAGCGUCCCUGGAGUCCAACUCUGACCAGACACAGGACAUGAUUGCUGCUUGUAUACAGUUCCUUCAGGAUAAUGAGUUUGUGUCUCUUCAGAAAUCUCAUACAGAAGAUGGUACGACCGUGACAACGGAGGAACAGUUUGUUCCCACUCAGCUCGGUGCAGCUGUACUAGCUUCAAGUCUGUCUCCAGAUGAGGGUCUAACUGUGUUUGCUGAACUACAGAAAGCUCGACAGUGUUUUGUUCUGGAGAAUGAACUCCAUAUUGUCUAUCUAGUGACUCCCAUUUACUCCCUAGACUUGGGGGCUAACAUGGACUGGUACAAGUUUUAUUGCUUGUGGGACAAACUUUCCCCGGACAAGAAGAGAGUGGCCCAACUGGUAGGGGUCAGCGAGGCAUUCCUCACCAGGGCCAUCCAGGGGAGGAUACCAACUAAAACAGAGAACCAGAUAAGAAGUUUGGCCAUACACAAGAGGUUUUACACCUGCCUGAUACUGAGUGACCUUGUACAGGAAGUUCCCCUGGGUGAGGUCUGUCAUCGCUACAGCUGUAACAAAGGUCAGCUCCAGUCCCUUCAGCAGACAGCUGCCACUUUUGCAGGAAUGGUGACAGUGUUUUGUGGCAGGCUGGGUUGGUAUAACUUAGAGUUGAUCCUUGGUCAGUUCCAGCAUCGCUUGACCUUUGGAAUCCAGAGAGAGCUAUGUGACCUUGUCAGACUGACCUUGCUGAAUGGACAGCGGGCCAGAGUCCUGUAUGAUGGUGGGUUCCACACUGUGGCAGCUCUAGCUAAUGCCUGUGUCACUGAUGUAGAACAAAUCUUCAAGAAAUCUUCACCCUUUCAAAGCUCCAAGAGACAGGACAAUGAGACAGACUGGGAGGCAGCAAAGAGACAAGAGAGUCGCUGUAUCUGGUUAACGGGGCGUAAAGGUGCAACAGAGCAUGAAGCAGCAGAGGCCAUUAUAGAGGAAGCCAAAUCUGUAAUCCAACAGGAGCUAGGGGGACUGGGAAUCCGGUGGAGAAAUCCAGAAUCCAGGGACAUCCAGAAAGGGGGGUCAAAUCUUGAUCAGAGUAAAAUGGAAUGUCAAGAUGACAAGAGGAUUCAGGGUUUAAAUCAAGAUCAUGGUGGUGUGACCUUGGUAAAACCCAAGGGAAGGAGGUCAGUGGGGAAAAGAAAAUCAGUGGGAAAGAGAAGUCCUGGAUUAUCUAAAUCUGGGAUUUCAAAUGGAGAUGACUCCAGAGUAAUGGAGAAGUCUGUUCUGGUCAGCCCACCUGGCAUCAGAAUACAGGGGAACACACAAGGACACAUGAACAAAACCAUCACAUCUGAUAGUAGGGGGAGCAUAAAUGAUGGAGUAAAAGGAGGAAAAGAAAAUUUUGUCAAACCUUCCACAAGACUUACAACCACAGCAGAAGUUCACCAUGUUCCACCAAAAGCAGUAGGAGAAAAAGAGAUCUCCACAGAUAAAAACUAUUCUGGUCCUCAGAUACAGGGUUCUAAGUCUUGUGAUGCAACAGAUAAAGAAAUGCUGCUGGUUGAAGUUAAGAGACAACAAAUCUUCAAACAAAAGGAAACAUCAUCUGCCAUGACGUCUCAAAUUUCUUCAGACACAAUGGAGGAAAUACCAGGAUUUGUUCACCCACUAGUCCUAAGGAAUACAACUGCCUCCUGUUUAAGUGCACCCAGAAGUCUUCCUUCCUACACUACCAGAAAUCCCUCUCCAUGUUUAGUUACUUCAUCUUCAGUUGUUACUUCUACUAUCACUGUUACAAAUUCAGGAUUGUCAUCUGGUUUAGCAAAAACAGCACACAAUGUAAAUCACAAAAUAGACAACAAGCAAAUUUCUGGGGGAAAUGAAGUAGUCUAUCAACUUUCACAAGUGAAAAAUGCAAAGAAAAAUAAUGAACAAACUUCAACCAUGAUACAGGGUUCUGAAUUUAAAAAUCCUCUAGAGAAGAGAAAUCCAAUGAAUCAUUUAUCAAUGGAGACUGUCAAAAUUGUACAUCUUGGAAACAGUUCCAGAGAAGGGGAUGAUAUAAAUUCAGACAAAAAUCCUAAAGAAAACAAAGAAGAGAGAGAUAUAGAUGAUAUGUUUUGUUCAGGGGACUUUACAGAUAGUUUUGUUUUUGAAUCUCAGAUGGAUGUCAGUCAAGUAGGUUUCCCGGGAUUAGCUUCUGUGAGAAAAUCUCCAAAAUCCAAGGAGGAUAACUCCUUUCAGGAACCAUUGCCCAAUACAAAUGAUGAAAAAACUGGGUCAGAUGUAGCAAAAGCAGAUAUUUGUCCCAUUAAUGAAGUAGAUAGACCAUAUUCUGUAGAGAAUAAUUUAGAUAAAUGUAUGCAAGGAAAAGAUAUUUCAGAAAUUGGAAUUUGUGCUCAGUCAUCUAUGUAUUCUACAGAGGAAAAGAACAGCAAGGAUAGUGACAUAAAGGACAAAGGUGCUAACUGUUUGAUACCUGUGUCUAGUAAAACUGCAGAUGGUAGACAAAGUAAGAAAAAUGUCAAUAGUGAAAAAAGAAUUGAAGAUAAUGCCGUAAGUGAUUUAAAUGAUAAGUGUGAUAAAGAUUUGAAUCUUAGCAGCAGUCUGCUGUUGUCACAUGACAUGUCAUGUGACCUCUUACCAGCCAGUAACUUUGAGAGGUGUGUGAUGUCAGAUGAUGAAUCGGAUGUUAGUAAAAAUGAGUCGUACAGGGACCUCAGAAUUCCUUUUCUUAGUGGACAGGAGGCAUGUUUCCAUGGCAGUGAUAGAAAAGAAAAUGGUCCAACUCAGGUAGGCUACAGCCAGUUGUCACAGGAUUUGAGGCUGGCACUGGAACUCAGUGAUACUUUUAAUGAGGACCCUGAUGGAACACAAAAUAAAAAGUCCUCGGAAGUGGGCAUUCCGUCAAAGAGCAGUAAAACAAAUAGGGGUUUUAAAAAUUGUGAAGUGAAAACAUCUCAACAAAAAAUUGGAGGGAAAGAGACAAGUGAUAAUACAGAAGAAAUGAGUGACUCAUUAACUUUUUCCAUGGUUAAUGAAGUGUUAGAAAAGAGUGAUAUGGGGCAGUGCAAUAAUAAAUCAAAUGUAAAAUUGAGUGAUUCAAAAUAUACUAAAUUAAAAAAUAAAGGGACAUCACAAGUUAAAGACAAGAAGCUAAGUCCGGGAACAUUGGCAUUCCUGGAUGACCUUCACACCAGUAUAGACACUGACACUGAUACAUUAGUGGGAAAAUCACCUUCAUCCAAAAAGGACAUUUCUCAGAAACCUAAAUAUGCAAAAACGAAAGAGAAAACAAGUAUCAAAGAAAAACCUGAUGGUAGAAAAUCUAAAAGGAAAAGUCUAGAGAAGGCUGAAGGAGGUAAAGUUAAAAAACCUAAAGAGGAUAAAACCAGAACUAAUGAGUGUAUGUCUCCCACUCCUCCAAGACCAGGUCUGCUAAACUCUCCAAGGACAAUUAGAAAGACAACACCCAAUAAUCUGAGGUCUAAGAAUCAAAGCCCAAGAAAUGGAAGGGUCAGAAAAUGUAUUGACACCACUGGAGCUUCAAAGAAAGAUGAAAAUAUGGUAGUGGAUAAUUGUUCAAAGAACAAAGGGAAAUUACAAAUGAUUAUAAACAGUGAAAAUAGGUUGGAAAAUGCACCUGAAGAUGGUGAAGUGCCUUAUGAAGAGAGGGGGCCUAUAGUGGACCCUAAUGAGACAGGACUCCCUCCUUCUCAGGGGACCUUCACUAUUAUAGAUGUGUGUGCUGAUCAUAGGUUAUUUGAGACAUUCCUUGCUGAAUGGAGGACACAGUCCUUGUUCUCUUUAUCCGUGGCCUGUAGGACCAAGCCUUCCUCCUCAGUGUCCUCCUCUGCUAGAGGACAAAUAGGAGCCAAAUUUUCCGAAGGAGGAACGACAGACAAAAGUAACAAAGACCCAGAACCUGGAGUAGUCUCCCUUGGAUUACCUGUUAUGGGAACUGACCUGUUAGUUACAGGUGUGUCAGUCAGCUGGGAAGACAGAGAUGCUUAUUUCAUUUCCUUGACCCCAGGGAAUGCAGAGGAUGAAGAUGACCUUGACCUCUCACCCCCUGACCUUGAUAAAUCUCUCUCAGUGUCAGCUCGUGUUGCAGCCAUUAAACAGUCACUGGAAGAACACAACAACUAUACGGUGUUAGCUAUGGAUGCCAAGUCCUGCUAUGGGACACUAGAGAGAGGUUGUGGUAUAUGUUGCCAGGGAAAGUUUCAGGACCCGAAAGUAGCCAGUUGGAUAAUGGACCCAGGAGCUAAGGAGAAGAAUCUUCAUCGCAUGGUUCAUGAUUAUCUCCCUUUAGAAGCAAUUCUCCUAGAAGGUAUCGGUGGUGGAGUGGGCUAUGGGAGCCUAGGAAUGUCCCCCGAGAACCCUGGGACGGGUCGACUUCGGGCCUGUACUGAGGCAGUCCUACUGACCCACUUAAUGCAGUAUCUCACACUCUGUCUGGCCAAAGAGAACCUGAUGACUGCCUUCCAGGACAUUGAGAUGCCAUCUGUUAUUACUCUGUCUCGUAUGGAGAUGAAUGGAUUUGGUUUUAAUAGUGAAGAGUGUGAGAGACAGAAGACAGUUAUGAUAGAAAGACUAGGUGAACUUGAAGCUGAGGCAUACCAGCUAGUGGGGCACCAGUUUUCUCUGACCUCAACAGAAGAUCUGUCCCAGGUGCUAUUUAUAGAACUCCAGCUACCUGUUAAUGGUGACCCCAGCAGUCUGGGACAGCCUACCAAACCUAACAGAUGGGCUCCCACAGGUCGUAGAGGCCGCCAGAAGACCCAGUUUUCUACCAGUAAAGACGUCCUGGAGAAACUCCGACCCUACCACCCUCUCCCUGGGAUCCUUCUUGAGUGGCGUCGUAUCAGCGGUGCCCUGACCAAGGUGGUGUUUGCCUUGCAGAAGGAGAAGUUGUAUGUGGAAAGAUUAAAGAUGUACAGGAUAUUUACAGAUGUCCAGUACUUCUCAGCCACAGGAAGGGUCAGUCUAUCUGAACCUAACCUACAGAACGUUCCAAAAGAUUUCCAGAUCUCUAACUCAGUGCCAAAGGAGAUCAACCAACAGAUGGAGUUUGCUAGUCCUAUUGGCAAGACCCGUAACUCUUUAAGGAACCAGAGCAGAGUUCUUCCUCAGAUGUCAGCUGAUCUUUCAUUCAAUGUCAGCAUGAGACAUGCCUUCAUUCCUUUCCCAGGGGGAGUUUUGCUGGCAGCUGACUAUUCUCAAUUGGAGUUACGCAUGAUUGCACACCUAUCGCAAGAUGCCAAGCUGAUACAGAUUCUGAACGGUGAUGGGGAUGUUUUCAAACUGAUCACAGCUCAGUGGAAAUCAAUCAGCGUGGAGGAGGUCACUGCAGAGGAGAGACAGCAGGCUAAACAGAUCUGCUAUGGUAUGAUCUAUGGUAUUGGAGCCAAGGCACUAGGUGAGACACUGGGAGUGGAUGAAAAUGAUGCAGCAGUUUUCAUGCAGACCUUCAAGUCCAAAUACCUGGGAAUGAGGCGCUACCUGAAGAACACAGUAGAUAAAUGUGUAAAGGACAAGUUUGUGGUGACAAUCAGUGGGCGACGACGGUAUCUCCCAUCCAUUUCAAACACAAACCCCUAUGUCAGGGCUCAUGCAGAGAGACAGGCUGUUAAUACCACAGUUCAGGGGUCAGCUGCUGACCUUGUCAAGGUCGCCAUGAACAGGAUUGAUCAGAGACUCUCUGAAAUAUUUCCUCUCUCACAGAAAACCCUCUCACACAAGGAACAAGAUACCACUGUUGAUAUAUCAGGUGACAGAUGUUGUUUAGUUCUACAACUUCAUGAUGAACUGAUUUAUGAGGUGUCAGAGACAUGUCUGAGACAAGCAGCCAAAGUCAUCAAACAGGAAAUGGAGUCAGCAAUGACCUUGUCUGUUAAAAUGCCAGUGAAGGUCAAAAGUGGGUUGUCCUGGGCAACAAUGCAAGAUCUAGAUGUGUAAAUUAUGAACUCUGUAUUUAAGAAUGUCCGUUUGAGUCCAAGACACUUCAUUGAACAAAAAUAUUGUGGAUUUGAAAAAUGCUGUGAAGAAAAAUCUUGACAUUUUUUUUAUUUGAUAUCAUUUGAUGACAAAACGGGUCCAUAUUCUGUGAUAUAAUAUAAUUUCUAUUUUAAUUAAGGAAAAGUUGUUUCUUU